UAUCAAUCUACGUGUACGCACAGUGCAGGGAAGUAUGGCAUCUUAAAAUGUUCGCCAUAAACCUUUUCUAUAUCUCCUUUGCAGUGGUCUUAGUUCAUAGCAACUCUCAACCGGGACUAACACCUCCAUUUUCAAACGAUGAACGUCCAACAGCCAGGGAAUGGCCAACUUCAAGAAUCGACCCACCAACAACCUACGAUAAAUCAUCUUCAAACACCGAUCCAUUUACAGCAAACAACGAGCUUCCAUCAAACAAUGAGACACCUACACCGAGUGAAGCUCCAAAUGAAAACUAUUACCCAGCAACAUCUAAUGAAGAUCCGCCUUCAAGUUAUGACCGACCAAAGUGAUGAUCCGCCGUCGAGCAAUAUCCUUCCUGCAGCCAACGGCGAACAAACUUCAAACAAUGAGCCACGUACAGAGAGUGAAGAUCCAAAUAACACAAUUACCCACCAACGUCUUAUGAAGAUCUGCCUUCAAAUUAUGAGUGACAGAAGUGAAGAUCCGCCUUCAAACAAAGGCUUUUCUACAGACAACGACAAACAAACUUUAAACAUUGAGCCACCCACAGUGAGUGAUGAUAUACGUAACACAAGUAUUCACCACCAUAUAUUAAAGAUCCGCCUUCAAAUUAUGACCAACCGAAAUUCAAUGAUUGAAUGUGUGCCGUAAUUUAACUAAUUGUUGUCUAUUUAGUCAAUUAAAAAUUAAAGUCUGCAGAUUAAAUGGUUCUCAAGGUAUA